AUGUCAGAAGCUACCCAGACACUACAAAAAGGGACCAUGGUCCUUAACAACACUCCAUUUUGUUGCGCUGAACUGCUGGAUGUUGUUGACCCGAGGGUACUCGGCUCAUUCGGUGCCAAUAAGCAGGGCCGAUGCUUCUGGGCGAAGAUGCGGGCAAUCGCCUCAGGCGAUAAUGCCAAGCCGCCGAGUAAGUCAAGGUGUGCACAGUCGGCUCCACCGAGUACACUCAAUGCAGCCCUCGACUGGGGCACAGCAGAUGGAAGACACACCGCAGCAAGCAGAGGAAGAGCUGCUCUGGACACGUCGCGUCCACCCGGCUGA